CCUUACCCACCUCUCUUAGUUUCCAUUCUUUUUGUCCAUUUGAAGUUUAGUAUCCCCUCCCUUCCUCAACAAGUAAUUUAGUCCACUACAUAUUUGAAACUCAACUCCUGCUCUCACUUGAAGAAAGACAGUUUUUUUUUAAUUCUUGUAUCAAAUAUUUGAGUGAAAUAUGCAUACUGAUUGGGGGCCUGCAGCUGUAGCGGUGAUUAUGUUUAUAUUACUAUCGCCGGGGAUGCUAUUUCAACUACCCGCGAGGUCCCGAGUGGUAGAAUUUGGGAACUUGCAAACAAGUGGCAUAUCAAUCCUAGUUCAUGCGGUUUUGUACUUUUGUAUUUACACCAUCUUGGUUGUAGCUAUCGGUAUUCAUAUUCGUACUUGAUGCUAACUAAUGCUUCAUGUUCUAUAUGAUUUCUUUUUAUUUGAUAUAACGCGCUCUUUUUAUUUCUGGGAUUGUUUUCUUUUCACACUCGUAUUAUUUAUGUUAAUUUUGCGUAUAUUGGAUGCUCUUUUGAUUG